UGCCAUGUUUUAUAGGUUUUCAAGUCUUUCAGAUGGGAUAAACACAUGCAUUUGAGGAAACAAGUCAUUUGUAAGCCACAUCUAUUAGAACUAGUUUUAAUAAAAAUGUAAACAUACAUUUUCAUGUUUCUCCAAAGGCAACGAAUGCAUUGCAAAUCCUAAAUGUCAGCAACAUUUCCUGAACGGACUUUUUCCUAUAUAUACACACACGAGCAGAUACACAGUGGGCGGAGCUUUAAAGGUGCAAUAUAACCUCGUUCCCAAACUCAGUAACAAACGGACCAUUUUCCUCUGGACUUCCUCUGCACAAGAUUCACCAUUUUUCUGGUUGAGGCGAAGAUCUUGGAGAUGAAGAAUCACCAUGUGUAGAUUUAAAGGCUUAAAUAAGUCCUCAGACCAAGGUUGGACCUGAAUCUGGUUUCUCCUCCACAACAAAUACGUCACCCGAUGCUACACCUCCCAGCUUCCCUGAUGCUUGAUGAAUCCUGACCUCUGACCCUGGCAACAUGGAUGCCCGUCUGCAGGCAAACCCUGGGCUCCUGUACCCUGUGAACGGAGAAGGGGAAAGAAGAAGAUACAGCAAAACCACAGGUCUCGACUUUCUGAGCCAGGUAGAGCCGGAAUGUAUCCAGUUUUUUGAAGACACAAUUGACUCGUUGGAGGAGAGCAUAAAUGAAGAGGACCGGACUUUGAGGUACAUGGCGUCCACUAGACGAAGCAGAAGUCCUGUCCCAGACAGUGGUGUGGUGACAACAUUAAGUUCUCACCCUGAAGUGACGGCCUCCUCCGUCAUGGCUAGACCUGUCAGUCCCAAAGACCAGGAAAUCAUAGACCUGGUUCGUCCAGGACCUGAUUUAAUUCGGACAAAGGAGCCAAUGUUCAAUCCCACCAAUCCAGAUUUCCAGAGUAUGAUGGUGACACCUGAAAGCCACGUGGAGGUAAAGCCAUCCCAUGACAGCUUACCUUCAGAGUACAAUCCACCUCUACCAAGCGGCAGCUUCGGUUCCUCAGACAGCCACUACUCCUAUCACCCACCAGGAUGUAUCCCCACCCCAGUUCUGAUUGCCCAAAAGAUCGCCGAGAGCCAAUCGGGCGGAUCCGCCGACACCAUCUCGUCCUCACUCCACCGGAGCAGCAGCCUUGAGACUGAAAACCCACCUCGUUACAGCACUGAUCAUCAUUCAAAACAGGGCCCCCCUACUUCUGUCAAGCCGACCCGGUUCCCACCUAACAUCAGCGUGAUCCUCGGCAGCAAGGAGCACCACGGUCAGAAUGUGGGGAACGUGAACAUACAUGAAAGAAAGGCACAAAUGCUUGCAAACCUCUCAGGCACAUCCCACCAGCUGCUGCAGCAAGAGCCUCAACAAGUCACGGAACCCCAGAAGGCUAGGAACAUUCCCACCCGCAGCAUUUCCUUUAAGGAUCCUUCCCCAGACAAAUCCAGAAUGGAGGCUUUGUCUAAGCUGGGCCUUAACAGGAACAGAGCCAUGUCUGGUGGUACAACCCUCCUUAGCGCCGCCACCGUUCUCAGUCCACCUUCAGAUGCUGAAGCGACGGCCAUACCUUUGGAGUCCAGCCAUACCCCAACAACAGAAGCCAAACAUUCCUUACCAACAUCAUCACAGUUGAGUCCAGGGUAUUACAGCAGUCAGACCACUCCUCACAGGACCCAAGAGGAAAGAAAUCCUACACAAAACACCUCUCCACCAGCAGUAAGUCAAAGAAGUUUCUCUCCACCUCCUCUCGCAACCAAGUCACCAGUCCUCCCGCCACCUGAAAUCACCUCGCUUGAAUUUAACAGCUACGGAGGGAAAUCCAUCGUGGUUCACCCUACUUAUUCCUCUAGGAAUGAAACUCCGGCAUCUCCAACUAGCCCUGAUCCAAGAACCCGCCAAGCUGCCCUGGAACAACCUAGUGAGUUCAACUCCUACGGAGGAAAGAGCAAAGUUAUGAACACCGGUUCUGUGACUGUGACCAGGAACGACCUUCCAGACAUCCUCAGCUCUCACAUUAACAAGGGUCAAACAUUCCCUGCCAAAUCAGAGCCGCCACCAAUCGAGCCCCACAGUUACGGAGGAAAGAGUCGAACCUUCAACCCUUCCAUUACGUCGCACACUUUGUCUGCCCACCAACAAUCAGUAACCGUGGAAACCAACAAUUAUGGUGGAAAGAGUCGGACUUUCAACCCUUCUGCUACGUUGCCAGUCAAACCUCCACCACCCACACCUGCACCGAGGCCACCACGCCACUCCUACCAUGGCAUCAGUCAACACAAACAAGCGCAACCUGCACCACCCAUGGAUCACAACAAGCGGAGAACCAACUCCCUGUUUCGUCCACAAGGCAUAACGGUGCAGUUUGGUGGGCGAGGGGCUUCAGAUGAGUCCCGCAAGGAAGCCUUGAGGAAACUUGGGUUGCUUAAAGAAUUUUGAUCAACUCAAGAGAGCCACCAGUCCAACCUCAUUCUUUGGUUUAGGUGUGGUUGAGAGAGAGGAGACAGUGUGGCCUCGUUUUACCAAAGGGAGCUGGAACCAAUGAUGAACCUGCACAACCAGUUCCAUAUUUUUACCCUUAAAAAAAGAGCAGAGUGCUGCUGUUUAUGUUGGUCAUGUCCAGUUUGGUGAAAACAAACCCUAGUGCUGUAGUGAUGGGCUAUACCAAAAUUAUUGAUUCGAUAUGAUACUAAUGACUUUUUUGACAAAUAUUUUUCCCGGACAGAUACCGAUAUUGUUACUUUGUGUGACUUUAUUUACCCAAUGAAACAUAUGACAAAUAUUAAGCAUUUAACAAUUAUAAUUAUUUUUUUAAGUAAUCGAUACUCAAUCAAUACUUGUGUGAGUAUCGAUAUAUCGACACUACAGAAUCAAUACUCUACCAGUCAGACAUUUGAAGUUAUUUUAUAAAUAAACUUUCAUCUCUGUUUUGUUAGCACUGCUACAAAAUAUCCCAACCCAACACAGUUUUUCAACGUUCAACUGUUUGUUUUUUAUAUAAUCAUGUGACCGGAAAAGCAAAGCAAUAAUAACCAAAAAAUGGAACACCACCAGCAGCAGCAGCAGCACUAUUUUGGACGCUUCCUAAAAACUAGCAAAGUCCAAACAAAAUUGAUCUCAUCUACAUGGCUACAAAUGUUAGUGAGGGCUAAAUUCUGCAGAAACGCAGCGUGCGGAUGGACGAUAGCUCUGUGAGAAAAGCAAAUAAAAAAAAUUAUAUAUAUAUAUAUAAAAUGUUCAUGUUUACAAGUUGACAGCUUAAAUGGGGUGGGUUUAUAUACAUUUAUGAGAAUUUUUAAUAUAUAUAUAAAGUAAAUAAUAUGUUUUGUUUUUUUUAGUUAACGUUUGUUAUUCUGUUAGAUUCUUUAGACGUUAUUGCAGUUUUGAUUGAAAAAGUUCAGCAUCAUUGUGUUGGAUCUUUAUAGUGGUACCAGGAGAAUUUGGAUUUAGAACUUGAGUCUUUUAUUAAAUUCAUGUAAAAGAGCAGAAAUUUACCUGAAGUGAGUUCACCUGGAAAUCAGUUACGUUAACGUACGGCUUACAGAACAACAAAACGUUUCUUCUGAUACACUAAGAACUAAAGAACCCAGCUUUUCUCAGACUGUGGAUCGUUUCUUUUCUGAAUCUUCUCUGUACUUUUUUCUUUUCUGGGCGAGAAGAAAGUUAAAGCACUUUUCCUGAAAGACUAUUUGUUAAACGUUCCCGUUGCUGAUGGUCGAUCACACAUCACAGUGAACAGAAGCACGACCAUCAGGACUUUGGGUGGAACUGGGAGCUGAGACUCUGAACGGCAGGAUAUUUUUAUUCCACUCCCCCUCGAAAACCACAGACUGUGGAAACGACACAACUUUUACUUUGACACCGGGUUUUAAAAAAAAGUGCUGCUUUGAGACGAGCGAGCAGCAAAACACGAGCGGAGAAACCACAGGAGAGUCUGGAAAUAACCUGCACUUUUUCUCCUCUUCACUACUUCUUCUGUUCUUUUUUGACUGCUGUGUGUUUUUAACUGUGUCUACGUGUGUUUAGACUCUAGACUGCUGCUACUGUAGCUCAACCUACGGUAACUCAGAUUCUAGUCUGAAUAUUUUUUUUGUUUACAGACUCCGGUUCACUGCAGUUCAGCUGCAGAUAUUUUGAAGUAUAUAAUGGUGCAUACAGUGUACACACUGUGUAUCUACACGAGGGAUUAGGUACUAAGAACUAGAUAGAAUCCCACCCAGAACCUCCCGCCUGGUGGGCGUGAACCUUAACCUUGUGCCACUUAGGCUCCUUUGUUAAUAUAACUAUAUUUUCUGGACAAGGGGGCCAGAUACUCAAAUCAAACGAGAUAAAAAUUAGAUUUUUGCCUAACUUUAUCAUUUGAUGCUUAUUUUGGAAUCCAGUCACGGGCCGAAUUGGACGGUUCUUUGGGCCGGAUUUGGCCCACGUGCCCCCUGUUGGUGGUCACUGAUAUAAAGUAUAGAAGAAUGUAAUAAUACAGUAUAUGUACUACACAUUAUUUUUAUCAGUACUGGUAAAAGCCAGUAUAUACUGCAACUGUUACAGUAUGCACAUGUAUGUGAAGUAUUUGACAAUAAACUGUUGAUAAAAUUUCUGUGCCUGAAGUGAUUGUUUUGGCCAUUUUUUUUAAUUAUCUCAACAUGUUUGUAUAAUAGACUUUUAAAAAAACAAAACAGAUUUGUUUUAUUUUCUUGGAGAAUUUCCCCUCUGAAGUCGGGAUAUCAAACAUACGGCCCAGAUUAUUGUUAAGUUAUAGUUAAUUAUGUUAUGGUUAUACCAGCCCGGCCCACUUGACAUCUCAUUGGGUUGUAUACGGCCCAUAAACUAAAAUGAGUUUUACACCCGUGCUCUAAAGACACCUUUGGCCUUUCAUAGUGCUUUAUACAUUCUUAGUAAAUGACAAGAAAAACGCAUCAUAGAAUUCCAAGCCCUUUCUGUGAUUUAAGCACAGGCCACACCAU